CUGACACUACAAAUGCCUGAGAUUCGAGUAGUUCCUCUUGGAGCUGGACGAGAUGUAGGCAGAAGUUGUAUUUUGGUAUCUAUCGCUGGAAAAAAUGUGAUGUUGGAUUGUGGCAUGCAUAUGGGAUUUUCAGAUGAGCGGCGUUUUCCUGAUUUUUCUUUUAUUGGAAAUGGCGAGUCGUUAACCGAAUUUCUUGAUUGUGUGAUUAUUACUCAUUUUCAUUUGGACCAUUGCGGUUCACUUCCGCACAUGAGCGAAGUUGUUGGUUAUGACGGGCCAAUUUACAUGACAUAUCCUACCAAAGCAAUAGCUCCCGUAUUGCUGGAAGAUUAUCGGAAAGUGCAGACGGAGUUCAAAGGAGAUACCAAUUUCUUUACUUCUCAGAUGAUCAAAAAUUGUAUGAAGAAGGUUAUAGCUGUGAAUAUCCAUGAGAAGAUAGAUGUGGAUAACGAACUGUCAAUACGAGCAUUUUAUGCUGGUCAUGUGCUCGGUGCGGCUAUGUUUCAAAUCAUUGUUGGUUCUGAAAGUGUUUUAUACACAGGUGAUUUCAAUACAACACCAGAUCGUCAUCUUGGAGCUGCACGUGUUGAACCAGGUCUCAGACCUGAUUUGUUAAUAUCAGAAAGUACUUAUGCAACAACCAUAAGAGAUUCAAAGCGCGCUCGUGAGCGAGAUUUCUUGAAGAAAGUUCAUACUACUGUAUCAAAUGGUGGAAAGGUCCUGAUUCCCGUGUUUGCGCUUGGUCGAGCACAGGAACUUUGUAUUUUGUUAGAAUCUUAUUGGGAACGUAUGAAUUUAAAAUAUCCUAUAUUUUUUUCUCAAGGAUUAGCCGAAAAAGCGAAUCAGUACUACCGGCUAUUCAUCAGUUGGACUAAUGAGAAAAUUAAGAGGACAUUUGUUGAACGCAACAUGUUUGAUUUCAAGCACAUUAGGCCCUUUGAGCAGUCUUUUGCUGACAUGCCUGGUCCAAUGGUACUUUUCAGCACACCAGGUGAUCUUUUUUUAAUUAUAUUUAGAAGUUGCCCGAGAAAACUAUUUGAAAAAUUUUAUUGGAAACAUAAUUUUCAUCCAGGCAAAAGCAUUCAAAACAGUAGAAUGUAUGUCUCCUUUUUAUUAGGCAUGUUACAUGUGUUUGCAAAAUGGUGUUCAGAUGAGAAAAAUUUGAUCAUAAUGCCAGUUGGAGCUAAAGUGAUUGCAGGGGCAAAAAAAAUUGAAAUCAAUAUUAAUUUGGGAGUAGAAUAUAUGUCAUUUAGUGCACAUGCCGAUGCCAAAGGCAUAAUGCAGCUAAUUCGUGAUUGUCAACCAAGACAUGUAAUGUUUGUGCAUGGCGAAGAUGUCAAAAUGGAGUUUUUGAAAGAAAAAGUAGAAAAGGAAUUCAAUCUUAAAGUGUUCAAACCCGCAAACGGAGAAACAGUUGUCAUUGAAACCCCCCUAAGUGUAUAUCUUGAUAUCCCCAUGAAAAUAUUAGAUAGAUGUAUUGAUUUAGACCCAACACCAAGCAAACGUGCAUGUCCUUUUCGCGCUUUUUUGGUUAUGGAUAAACAGAAUAACCAAUUAGAAGUGAUAACACCUGAAACAGCAGCUCGACAUUUGAACUCUUCGUUACAUACCAUUGCUUUUAGUGAAAUAAUUGAAGUUGAAGAAGUGAAUUGGAAGCUAUUCGCAACAAAACUACGAAUAUUUGAUCCUAAUUUGCAGAUAAAAGAGGACGGGAUAGAGAUGUUUAAUGGUGAAAUUAUGCUAACAACAGUUCCAGAAAAUUCGAAGCAGAUGGAAGUAAUCUGGGAUGACAUACGCGAAGAUUGGUCGAAAGAAAUUAUUAAAACACUAAAAAAUAUUUCUUCUGGCUCUUUAUAG